CACACAUAUAUAUCUAUCUUUCCCGAGUUCAGCAGAGCUUCUUCCUGACAGCCUGACACCAAGAUGCCUUUUUCUUCCAUCUGGCUCCCAGUUGUUUUGGCCUUCUUCGCCGCAGAGGGCCGCCCCAGAGGCCGUAUUUUGGGGGGCCGAGACGCCCCCCGGCGCCCAUACAUGGCCUCCCUCCAACUGAACGGGCAACACCUCUGCGGCGGCUUCCUCAUCGCCGACGAAUGGGUGCUGAGCGCCGCCCAUUGCCUGGAGGACGCGGGCAACGGGACUUUUGAGGUCCUCUUGGGGGCACGGUCUCUCUCUCUCCCCGAGCCCCACAAGCGCCUGUACGGGGUCCGCCAGCUGGUCCCUCACCCCAGCAGCCACCCAGACACCAACCACGACGACCUCUUGCUAGUACAGCUGGAAGAGGCGGCCUCCCUGAACCCGGACGUGCAGACGCUGGCUUUCCAACGGCAGGGCAGAGACGUCCCCGAAGGGACCCUCUGCGAGGUGGCCGGCUGGGGCAUCACCCGGAACACAGGCAAGCGGCCGGACGUGUUGCAGCACGUGGAGCUAGGGGUCAUCGGCCGAGCCAAAUGCAACCAGCGGAUUCAUCACGAUGGGGAGGUGACAGAGAAAAUGAUGUGCGCCGACUCGAGGAAGAAAGAUUCCUGCAAGGGAGAUUCGGGGGGUCCCCUCGUCUGCAAUGGCGUCGCCGAAGCUGUUGUGGCCACUGGCUCGCGAGUUUGCGGCAACUGGAAGAAACCCGGGCUCUACACCCGAACUGCUCCCUACGCCGAAUGGAUCGACAGUGUCUUGGCCAAUGCAACCAGCGGAUCCCUCGCGGCCGUUUAAACGCUGAUAGCCAGAGGCUAUCCCUCGGGGGAAUCUCUCCUUGCCCCGCAAAUUUAAGAUGCAAAAAUUACAUUUUGCAUGUCUCUCUCUUCCCCCCCCCCCCCACAUAUUCCCACUUUUGCAGGCUUCAGUUCUCCAAAUCCGCAAAAAUCCUUCGGUGUUUCACACAAUUUUCUCCGUUUUUUUGUACGCAGCUCUAAUAAUCCCCGCUAUUUCCCGCAAGCAACCAUUUCUCCUGGCGCAGGGCGUUUUUGCGCGUUCGUUUCCACGGGCGUGCUCGUUGUUACCAAACGAUUUUCUGCAUUUUUUUUUGGUAAAAGUGCAUCGCGAAUUUCGGAUCAGCGCGACUGCCAAAAGGCGGCUGUGUUUCGGUUUGCAGGUUCCUUUGGAAAGCACAGUUUUGACGAUUCCCCUUCGAAUGCAAACAGCGUCAGAUUCCUUCCCCGUCCCCAGGGCUGUGAGAAUUACCGUAUUUUUCUAUGUAUAAGACUAGGUUUCCCCCCCCCUAAUAAAUUAUGUCAAAAAUUAGGGGGCAUCUUAUAAAUGGAUAGUGCCAAGGCCAUUUUCUUAAAUCUGAGUCUCCAAAAAUAAGGGGUGUCUUAUACACGGGGGUAUCUUAUAGACGGAAAAAUACAGUAUGUUAUGAAUUAAGGCACCAAGCCAGUAGUUGGAAAAAGAUGGCUUCUACUCCCUACUUAGAAGUGUAAUUGAUAGUGUUGGUUUUAGAGGGGUUUUUUUUGCAUUAUUUCUUUCUUUAUUUCUUUUGUUUUUUAUGUAUGUAUGCCUUUUCUGUUUAUUUCCUUUCUGUACAUGUGUUGCGUGCAUAUAAACGCAAUAUUUAAAUAAAAAAUUAUGGGGAAAAGAGAGAAUUCGCAUGCGUGCAAAAAGCACACCAAUAAAUAUAAGCAGCUUACAUAAAUAAAUCGAGCCUAAUCUAUUAAAGCUAUUGGUCAUCAAUCUUACUGAGGCUUAUGAAUAUACAGACUACGGAGAAAUGCUAUUUGACUCGUAUAUCGUUCCAAGACACGACCCACACCCCAGAAACCUCCGCCUACUAGAAGUUAAUCAUCGAGAACCCCCAAUCCGAAUUUUAAUAUCAUCAGAAGACGUCUUGAAGACUCCUGAGCAAUUUCCAGUGCUUGGCAUGAAAACAGACGCAGUAUUAGGCCGAUUAAAUCCGAACAACCUUAAUUACAUCUCACCCGGGUCUAUUUGACGGCCAGAAAUUUGGGGGUCAAAUCGCAACGUCAUGCCCCUAUCGUAGCAGCCCCGGAAAAGAAAGCGGGGAAGAAUUGGAAAAAGUGUGAACCUGUUGUGAACUGAUGUCCCAGGGGCUGGGAAGAGACUUUGCAAGAGAGGGAAUGCCAAGAAACAAGCAGACAAAAACAGCCUUUUUUU